AUGUACGCAUCCGCCGCAGAGGAAAUCGCUGCUUUGCAUAAGCAACUUGCACUGUUGGCUGCCGAGUAUAGCAAUAUGCUUACUCAGGAGCAACUUCCAAACACACGAUCCACAUCACACCGACACCAUCGUCCUCGACAAGUUAAAAAAUUUAAAUAUUGUUGGUAUCACUACAAGCAUGGCGCAGACUUCUUAAGUGAUUAUGACUUACUAGUCGACCUAAAAUGCAAACGCCUUCGCGAUGGCAUCACUGAUUUACUGACACCCGGAAAUUCUCACACAUCGGCAAAGACAAAUAUAAAAGCCGUCGAUAGUAAUUCUGCGUAUAUGGAAUUAUUGCGAGAAUUUGCCGAUGGAACACGACCUGGCGCUACUCAGCGUCAAACAAAAAUACAUUCAACGGUGCAUCAUAUUCAAACGUCACCUGGACCGCCAGUUUCAUGCAAAGCAAGACGCCUGGCUCCAGACAAGCUUAAAAACGCACAAGCAGAAUUCCGUAAAAUGAUCGAAGAAGGUAUUUGCAGACCUUCUAACAGCGCCCGGGCUUUACCACGUCAUUUAGCGCAGAAGAAGUCCGGAGAAGGGAGGCCGUGCGGUGAUUACCGCCCGCUUAACGAUCGAACGCUGAUUGACAAAUAUUCAUUUCGUUAUCUUAACGACUUUGCUGCAUUUUUACACGGUAAAAACAUAUUUUCAGUCGUCGAUUUUGCUAAGGCCUUUUUGCAAAUACCCGUUGCACCGGAAGACGUGCCGAAAACAGCGAUUAUCACACCGUUCGGACUAUUCUAG